CUCGCAGGUGAAACGUCAAAUCAGAACGACGGAAAAUCAGAAUUAAUCACGAAAAAUAAGACAAUUCACAAGUUUAUUUCGGUUAAACAAAAUUUAAAGUUUCUGCGGCGAAUGCUCAUGCCGAUAAUGACGUUUUGUGUUUUUAGUAAUAUAAAUCGAUAGACUAACCAUAGAAAGCAAGCUUAGCUCUGCUUCUUUAUCUCGGAAGAGUUGUACUACUUGUUGUCAUUAGUAAAUGUUGCUGGUGCUGCAGUUUCAGUUUUUCUUUAGAAAUCUGUCAACAUCGUAGGAAAGCAGCAAACAACAUUGGCGGCAGUAUUGUUUUAGAAUGUCGGAAUCAACAAGCAGAACCACUAAUAAUGCAUCCAAUAUUGAAAUGGAAACGUCAAGUUCGACAACGGCAGAGAAUGCUGAGGCCCAAACAGAAACAUCAGAAAUAGUAACAUCAACAACAACUAGUGAACUCGCAACAACGAGCGGAGAAUCCACAACAACAACAAGUGGGGGAUCCACAACAACACCAACAACAAGUGGAGAAACCCCAACAACAACACAACUGGAGUCACCAACAACAUCACAGCAACAACCUCAACAACAAAAUACUGAACAGCAGCAACAACAUAAUGCUGGACAACAGCAACCAUCAACACCUCCCCAGCAGCAGCAACAACAGGCUCCACAACAGCAAGCAGCUGGCGCCGGCGCUGCUGCUGUAGGAAUUGAUGUCAAUCAAAUAGCAAAUGUUAUUAGCGUUAGUUAUUUAGCCGCCAAUGGGUUGAAUAAUCAACGUAAUCGUGGUGCCGCUGGCGGUGUAAUUGGAAUCGGAGCACCGGGACAGAACAACAUCAUGAAUAUGCGAAAUCGUCUGUUCCAUGCAAUUUAUUUUAAAGUGGCGUUGAUAUAUGCGCAAAUGUUUCCCAAACCUUUUCAACGAGCUUUGGAAUAUUUCUUCCUCGCUAAAGCACUGCUCUUCUUCUCGGCUUUGGUUUACAUUCAUAUGUCGUUUAUAAAAAAUCCAGCUACUUGUCUGGAGCACGUUCAAGACUGGCCAAGGGAUGGGGUUCUAAGGGUUGAGGUCAUACCCAAUUUGGACAAACGCAUGGAACUGUAUGAAGAAAGUCAGGUCUAUGAAAGGAAUAUGCGAAAGCUUUACUAUGAUUAUUUUUAUGGAAUAGGACCGAAGACUAAGAACCAAUUGUAUCAUCACAAAUAUGCAACAAAUGAAACAUUUACCUAUUACCUGCAACACGAAGAAGUCUACGAAAGUUACUUAAAAGACAAACAACAACAGGCAACGGAAUAUCAUGAGAAUCCCGACAUGGAAUAUGCAGAUGAACAAUACAUUGUGGAAUAUUCACUGGAAUAUGGUAAUUUACGUUUAUCGCCAGCCACCCGAAAACGUUUACAAAUACCCGUUCGCGUUGUACGUUUGGAUCCCAUGACCAAUAAAUGUUUUGGUGAUAGAUUUAGUAAAUUUUUACUUAAAGAACUUUUAGGCUAUGAUGAUUUACUUAUGACUUCGGUACGUGUCAUUGCCGAAAAGGAAGAAAAUAAAGGCUAUUUACGUAAUGUCAUUACUGGUGAACAUUAUCGUUUUGUUUCCACUUGGUGGACGGCAUGGAGUUCAUAUCCUACGGCAUUUUUUGUUAUGCUAUUGUUUACCUUUUCAAUAUCGAUGCUAUUGAGAUUUUCGCAUCAUCAAAUAUUUGUUUUCAUUGUGGACCUCUUACAAAUGUUGGAAUUCAAUGUAACUGCUCGUUUCCCCAUAGCUCCUCUAUUGAUUGUCAUAUUAGCUUUAGUUGGCAUGGAGGCUAUAAUGUCGGAAUUCUUCAAUGAUACAACAACAGCGUUCUAUAUAAUAUUAAUUGUUUGGGUUGCCGAUCAAUAUGAUGCCAUAUGCUGUCACACCAGUAUUACAAAAAGACAUUGGUUAAGAUUCUUCUAUUUAUAUCAUUUCGCCUUCUACGCGUACCACUAUCGUUUUAGUGGACAAAAUCGCAGUUUGGCACUGGUCUCAUCCUGGCUGUUCAUACAGCAUUCCAUGCUGUAUUUCUUCCAUCAUUACGAGCUGCCGGUAAUUAUGCAACAGGCCCAAGUACUCAUAUUAACACGCAAUCAAAAUGAUGGUGGUGGCGGCGGUGGAGGUGUUGGUGGAAACAUUGUUGCCGGAAUUAUGCAACAGCAACCGCAACAACAGCAGGGACAACAGCCAAACAAUCGCCAGGCUGGCGGUGGAGUGGGUGGCCAACAGCAGCAGCAACAACAACAACCACAUCAGCAACAACAGCCGGGUACCUUUGUGGCGAAUCGAAUUUUCCGUUUGGUCCCAUUGCCCCAACAAAUGCAACAGCAACAACAACAACACCAACUCAAUGGUCAAAUGCAACCACAACAACUGCCAUUUGUUGGCGGUUUGUUACAACACUAUGCCGGACAGAAUGUUGGCGGUGCCCUUGGCAUGAUACGGCGGGCCCUGUCGGCCCGUGGCUGGCGCCAGCCACCCAUACGGGUGCGCAUCCAAACAACAGGUAAUUUGCAACGCAUCAAUUUGGGUUCCAUACAAAUAAAUCCGGAGAAUCUGGCGGCACGUGUCCCAGCAACAACGCCAACGACCAACACAACUGUGGUAACAACAACAUCAUCAUCAUCGACGUUGUCCUCGUCACAGACAACAGCCAAUGAUGCCUCAUCCACAUCAUCACAACAAACCACAACCGCAGAUCCAGCUGAAAGUGGUACAUCGAGCAACAAUAGCUGCAGUUCAAAUCUGAAUGACAACUCAACAAAUAGAAUUGUUGUAACUGGUUCGGGCUCGGGCGGUAGUGUGUCCUCAGUCCAGCCAGUGAGUUGUGAGAGUUUAUCAUCAACAGCGUCAUCAACCUCAUCGUCGACGGCGUCAUUAACAACCGCCAAUCCAGCGACAGCAUUAAAAAAUAUCCCCAAUAUUAUUGAGGGCACCGGUGCAGUGCAACAAAAUGGUGGUAGCAGUGGUAACAGUGAUGAUGUGGUUCAGGUUGAGGAUUGCGCCAAAAGCGAAACAACAUCAGCAACACUCUAGACGUUGGCGAAGUAGCAAAGAUGAAAUAUGAUAGGCGAUUCAAAUAAUGCAAGACCACCGUCUAAAGAGGCGCCAAAAGGAAAACAACCAGCAAGCAUCACAACACAUACAAACAAACUAUGUUUUAUACAGAAAUAAAAAAAAUUAUCCUUCGAUAUGAUGAAAGUCGAGCAGAUGUUUAGUGGAACAAAAAAUAACAAAUGAAAUAAAAAUAAGAAAAGAAGAAGAAAAAAAAAAUGCUCUAAUACGAAAGACUUAUUGUAGAAGAAGAAAACUAAAAAAAGAAACAAGAAUGGAAUGUUUCCAUAAAAUUUCCAGCUAAACCCCCCCCCCCCCCCCAGAAAAAACGCCGCCAAGCCCUGUUUAUUUUUUUAAGUUUUUAAUUUAUUUUAUAGAUUCCUUGAAAAUGGAAUAUUACACCCCCCACAAUUGGCAUUGUAUGUAUAAUUUUUAUGUUUUUAAUUUUGCUUUAUAAUAUUAUAAUAAAGAAUACCCGUUACAAAUGUAAUUAACUCGAUCUCAAAUGACGAGAGAAAAAUGGUCACCUAUGAAAAAGAGGAAGAACAAGAAGAAAAAAGUUAUUGAAUUAAAUCCAUAUGUGUUAUAUUUUCAAAAUGUCGUUUUCUUUUUUGUUUUAGUUUUCGGAUUAAUCUAUGGCAGGUAAUAUGCUUUUGAUAAAAAAAAAAAAAAAAAUCAUGACAGGAACUUUAAUUUAAAUCAAGAUUCAAAAUUGUUAAACAAAUAAAUAUAAAAAAUGAUACUGUAUGUGUAGUAUUUAUAUAUGUCUGGUCAAUGCAGAUGAACAUCGAUUCUACGUAAAAAAAAAACGAAAAACAAAAAUAAUAAAUAAAUGAAAUAAAAGGAACAACUAAA